GCGGGGAAAUGCCUGAGCUGCGCCGGGCAGCCCGGAGCUGGCAACGCUGCUCCCGCGGAUCCGAGCGGCGCCAGCUCCUCGCGCCCCGCGCGCUCCCUUGCCAUGUACGACCCGGAGCGCGGCUGGAGCCUGUCCUUCUCGGGCUGCGGCUUCCUGGGCUUCUACUACGUGGGGGCAACGCGCUGCCUGAGCGAGCGCGCCCCGCACCUCCUGCGCGACGCGCGCAUGUUCUUCGGCUGCUCGGCGGGGGCGCUGCACGGGGUCACCUUCCUGGCGGGGGUCCCGAUCGAUCGGACUCUCCAGCUGCUCAUGGACCUCGUGCGAGAGGCCAGGGGGCGGAACAUGAGCACCCUCCACCCGAACUUCAACCUGUGCAAGCACCUGCGGCAGGGGCUCGAGGAAGUCCUCCCGGACAACGUGCACCAGAUCAUCUCCGGCAAAAUCUGCAUCUCACUCACCAGAGUGUCCGAUGGGGAGAACGUGCUGGUGUCUGAUUUCCAAUCCAAAGAGGAAGUCGUGGAUGCCUUGCUGUGUUCUUGCUUCAUUCCUUUCUUCUGUGGCUUAAUCCCUCCGACCUUCAGAGGUGUGCGAUACGUGGAUGGAGGUGCGAGCAACAACCUGCCAGUCCUGGACUCCCAGACGACCAUCACGGUGUCCCCGUACUACGGGGAGUACGACAUCUGCCCUAAGGUCAAGUCCACGAACUUCCUCCACGUGAACAUCACCAACCUCAGCUUGCGCCUGUGUUUGGAGAACCUCUACCUCCUCUCCAAGGCCUUCUUCCCCCCCGAUGUCAAGGUGAUGGGAGAGAUCUGCCUGCGAGGCUACCUGGACGCUCUCCGGUUCCUGGAGGAGAACGGCAUCUGCAGUGGGUCCCAGCCCUGCCUGCCGUUCCCCAAGGAAGAGCCGGAGCUGGAGGUCUCAGCGCCCGGCCGGGAAGACCCGGGCUCGGGGCCUGCCGAAGGCGAUGAGCUGCUGGACCACCUGCGCCUCAGUUUCCUGCCCUGGGACGAGCGCAUCCUGGAUGUGCUGUCGCCCCGGCUCACUGCAGCUGUGAAGAAAGCAAUGAAAGACCCAGGCGGCUUCCUGAGCAAAGUCCGCAACUCGCUGCCUGUCAGGAUCCUGUCCUACGCGAUGCUGCCCUGCACGCUGCCCGUGGAGUCCGCGAUCGCCACUGUCCACAGACUGAUGGUAUGGCUCCCGCACAUGCCUGAUGACAUCCAGUGGCUGCAGUGGCUGACAUCCCAGGUCUAUGCCCGUGUGACCACGUGUCUGCACCCCACUUCCAGGUCCCGGAUGCCAGCAAGCAGCCAACGCGCUUCCCCACGCACCCCGGAAGGCGGAUCUGCAGGCUUGUAGACUGUGGGUGGCCAGGAGGGGGCACCCCAGCCUGGCUCCAGCCUGCCCCUCCGCUGGACAGCAUCUUAGGGGAGGGACCCGCCCUAGUGCUUUCCCAGAAAGGGAUUUUGGGGUCCCCUGAGGAGGCAUCCAGGAGCCCUUCCUGAGGUGCUGAGCCGUCUCUUCGUGGUGCAGCUGUCCCAGCCCUGCUGUUAGUGAGCUGAGGGUCCCAGCCUCUUCGCUAAAUUGGUUCAUCCCUUACCCAAAGGCGAUGGCUUUGGCUGUGGGCAGCUGGGAGUCUGUGCUCAUGCAGCUGUAGUAUUUAGGCCCCAGUUGGCUCCGUUGGUUGGGCCAUGUUACCAGGAAGCCUGGCACAGAGACUCUGAUGGCCGUCUGCGUUCCACAGCCUGCUUGUGGCUGGGCGGGACCAAGCACUGCCCGGGUGCCGAAGACAGCAGGGGCCAUGAGCCCUGAACUCGCUCAGGCAGCCAGCAGGGCAGGGGACCAGAUGUGGUCAUCACCACGGAGGCCCCUCCUGUCGUUGGCAUUAAGAUGGUGAUAACUUAGCUGUAUACCUAGCACCCUUUGGACAUAGCUAAAAUACUUUUUUAAAGCGUUUUGUAAUAACAUGCAAGGGAAUAGCUGGUGAGUUAUGAAUAUUGUGAAUUCGUGAGAUACCUGAAGAGAAAGCCUUAAAAUAACACCUAUUGCGGGGGUAACGGGCGCCCUGGCCUAUCCGGGCAGGAGCCAAAUAGCACAGAAACUUCUGCUUUCUUUCUUUCUUUCACAGCCGUUGCUAUGAACUUGGCUUAAGUUCUGCCAGCUUCCGGCCUGGGUUCUUUUCUCUGUCUGCAUCUCCCCACACCGUGGUCCCUCACUCUGCCAGCCUUAAUGGAGACACACGCUUGAGGUGAGGCCCAUCUUCUUCCCAGGAGCAGGACACAUUUGAGUGUAGCUACAGAAAAGAAAACGACCCGCUCAGACUCCUCCAUGUUGGCAGAGUUAAACUCGCCUCCACCAGCUGCGCCAGCCUCCAAGCUGCAGGUUCAGACAAGCACUUUACUAAGAUGGUGCGCCCUGGAAGAGAGGGUGUGGUUCUAGAACCUGCCUGGCCUGUUCUCUGCAGGUCCUGGAGCUCGCUCCUGAAAAUGGGCUUGAACCCAACUCCCUCUCCUCAGGGUGGGCAGGGAGCUUCCCCGCCUCCGGCCUGCGGAACUGGCUUCCUAAGUGAGGAAGGCCAAGGCAUGGGGCACUCUCUCCAUCACCUGUCCCAGGCCUGGCCCCUGGCUGUGGCCCUAGGAGAGCUGGGAUGGGCUGGCAGAGGCCUCAUCCGACAUCCGUGUGGCCAGCCCUCGUCCUUUGCCAAGUUUCCCCCUAGGAGUUCUGUUAGAGCUGCUGAAGGGCUGGCCUUGCCCUGGCAGAUGUAGCCCAGCCUGAGUAAUACUUAACAGAUAGAACAGGUCAUACACUGGCUCUGGGUUCUUACCAGGAAAGCCCUCCCAUGGCUGACUGGAUUGCAUGGGGCUUAUUUCUACCCACUUUUUCAAAAUUCUUUUUCACCCUUCUUUUUUUUAAAAUUUGACUUUUAUUUUUUCAGACAGGGUCUCACUGUGCA